AUGGCCGUGCCCGCCCCCUCCCCAACCUCGGAGUGGGGAGGAGCCUCAAAACGAAAGAGAACCCGCGGGGAUGGUAGUCGGCCACCGCGCGGGAUGGUUGCUCGGGCGUUGCAGCGUCUCUGGCUGCUUGGCUGCUUCUGCUGCCUUUGCUGCUGCGGCGGCCCGGGAGAGGGGUCCGGAGCCGCCUUCGUCCCCGCCGAACCGCCGAGCCCAGAGCGAGCGGCCGCCGCCUUCCGGGAAAGUCUUAAAAGACAACGAUAUUUGAAUUCUUUAUUUCCCAGUGACAACUCCACUGCUGUUUAUGGAAUAAAUCAGUUUUCUUACUUAUUUCCAGAGGAGUUUAAAGCUAUUUAUUUAAGAAGCAAAACUUCCAGAUUUCCCCGCUAUUCACCAGGAAAAGAGAAAUCUAUCUCUGAUGUGUCUUUGCCAUUAAAAUUUGAUUGGAGGGACAAACAUGUCAUCACACCAGUGAGAAACCAGAAGGAGUGUGGGGGAUGCUGGGCUUUCAGUGUGGUGGGUGCAGUAGAAUCAGCAUUUGCAAUAAAAGGGAAGAUCCUAGAAGAACUGAGUGUACAGCAGGUGAUUGACUGUGCCUAUAAUAAUUAUGGCUGUCAUGGAGGCUCUAUUCUCAGUGCUUUGGAAUGGUUAAAUAAGACUCAAGUAAAACUGGUGAAAGAUUCAGAGUAUCCAUUCAAAGCAAAUAAUGGCUUCUGCCAUUAUUUUUCUGCUUCACAUUCUGGAUUUUCAGUCAAAGGUUAUUAUGUAUAUGACUUCAGUGGCCAAGAAGAAGAAAUGGCAAAAGCACUGCUUACAUUAGGCCCUUUGAUAGUGACAGUGGAUGCAGUGAGUUGGCAGGAUUAUCUCGGAGGCAUAAUACAACAUCAUUGUUCUAGUGGAGAAGCAAACCAUGCAGUUCUUAUAACUGGGUUUGAUAAAACGGGAAGUAUUCCCUAUUGGAUUGUGCGGAACUCAUGGGGCAGUUCCUGGGGAGUAGCUGGUUAUGUCCAUGUGAAAAUGGGAGGUAAUAUCUGUGGUAUUGCAGAUUCGGUUUCUGCUGUGGUUGUGUGAAAUAUUGAACAGAUCAAGUGAAAUCAACAUCCCACAAUAGUAUCAAGCGCCUAGAAUUUUUUAAUCUAAGUUCUAGGAUGCUUGUUUAGGUUGUCAUGAAGAUCUCCAGUGCCAUGACCUAGAGAAAUGUCAAGAAUGGGCCUAUACAAACAUGAAAGUCACUUUAGAAGAUACUUUAAGUGCUUUCACUUAGAAAAUUCUCUUAUCUAGAUUGGU